AUGAAUUUCCGCAAGGCAGCCAACCGAUCGGUGUUUUGCAAUGGACAUUAUGACGAUGAAUAUUAUGUACCUACCGUGGCAUUAAUUAUGGCAGUCAUUUAUAGUUUACUAUCUGUUGCAACUGCUUUAGAAAACAUCUUGAUUCUGGUCGCCCUUCGCAGAGAUAGAUGUCUUCAUCCUCCUUCAAAACUUCUGCUUUGCAAUCUCACGAUCACCGAUCUUUGUACUGCCUUAAUUUCACAGCCAGUAUCAGCUGCUGUCAGUUUGGCAGGAAGAGACCAAAUUGGUGGCGAACUAUGUCUUUUGGUAGAAUACACAGCUUUUCUUUUAACAGCGAUUUUCUCCGGUUUAUCUCUGUCGACUGUGACUGUUAUUUCUGUGGAUCGACUCAUGGCCCUUUUGCUAAGAAUACGAUACAAACAAACGAUAACUGGAAGACGAAUCCGUGUUGUUCUCUUUCUAAUGUGGAUCCAAAGCAUUUUAGUGGGCGCCGUUUCUUUCUGGAACAUGAAGGCGUUCUUUUUUGUAUGCGGUCUUUUAGUUACUUUAAAAAUGACAAUCUCGACUUACUGUUACACAAGAAUCUUUCACAAUAUUUGGCGUCGGCGAACAGCCGUGCAAGAUCUCAGAGGAGAAGGAGCAGCUGCUUUGUUAGUGAUGGCACGAUACAGAAAGACAGUGAUCAACUCUUUAUGGGUCCACAUAACAUUAGUAACAUGCUAUUUUCCUUUUGCAGUAGUAACUACUUUAAUGCUUAUUCGUGGAUUAAAUUUCACAAUUUUCGUGGCACAAGUCGUAGCUGUUGGUUUGAUUAGUCUCAAUUCCGUGCUAAAUCCUAUUGUUUAUUGUUGGAAGAUUAAAGAAGUUCGAAAAGCAGUAAAAGAAACGAUAACACAGUUUUGCGCUUGUUUUUACGGUUGAAGGAACUGCCGAAAACUGAAUAUAAUUAUGUGCUAAUGCUGUAAAUUCUAGAGUUUGGCUGUUGCUUGAGAUUAUAACACAUAUAUGUAAAUACAUUUAAAAAUUUGCCGAAUGCUUAAUUUGUAAAUAAGGGAACAAUCCAUUCUGUAAAUUUGCUUAACAGUACUUGGUGAUAAUACUUCCGGGUAGCAGAGUAAGACUAAGAGAAGAGUUACACUAAACUACUAAAUACUGUAAUAGAAAGAGUAUUU